AGUAUUUAAAUAUAACAAAUCAGUGUGAACAAAAUUACUUCAAUAAUUGCUUUCAUUCGAACAACACCAUGAGAUUCUUAAUCGCAAUUUGUUUAAUUUUGUGUAUGGUGGCGGUUUCAUGGGCAGCAGAAGCUAGAGGAGUUUUUAGGAAUACUGCUUAUCCCGGCAAGUGUUAUAUGAGUUCCAGUUUAAUACUUUCCAAAGGCGAAGUGGCUAAAAAUCCCAAUAUACCGUGUGGUGGCAUAAGAUGUGAGGAGAAGGGAGUGGCGGUGCUACAGACAUGUCCUAUUGCGAGUUUCGCUGGCUACAAACAAGGAGAUUUUGUAAAUACCUCUAAACCUUAUCCUGCAUGUUGUAAACGUCAACUGAUUAAAUUGAAUUAAAUAAAGUUUUGAUUGAA